CAACCAGUCGUUUCUGUUCAAACCACAGAUGAACUCAUAGAUGACACAACUACACCACUCUCAGACAUUACACCAGACACUGCUCAGGUCGUUGAAGAAACCCCUGAGAAAGUACACAUUACACAAGUCAAAACCAAAACAGGUGAUGUUCAAACCGUUAAAACCACUAAGCGCGUUAUCAAAAAGAAAAAGGGACUGAAAGAGGAAGUCACCGAAAUCACUACAGUCCAAAAAGACGACGAGGCCCCGGUUACAUCGAUUACUGUAGUAGAAGAAACUACCCCCGAAGAGAGCAAGCCAGAAGAAGUUGUUGAGUUGCCUGAAGAGGUGACUGUAGAGGAAACUGAGACACAGGAAGGUAAGCCAAAACAAAAGAAAACCACAAAGCGUAUUAUUAAAAAGCGGGUAGGGCCUAAAAUCGAAACUACACAAAUCACCAUUGAACAAGAAGACGACAAACAACCAGUCGUUUCUAUUCAAACCACAGAGGAACUUAAAGAUGACACAACUACACCACUCUCAGACAUUACACCAAACACUGCUCAGGUCGUUGAAGAAACCCCUGAGAAAGUACACAUUACACAAGUCAAAACCAAAACCGGCGAUGUUCAAACCGUUAAAACCACUAAGCGCGUUAUCAAAAAGAAAAAGGGACCGAAAGAGGAAGUCACCGAAAUCACUACAGUCCAAAAAGACGACGAGGCCCCGAUUACAACGAUUACUGUGGUAGAAGAAACUACCCCCGAAGAGAGCAAGCCAGAAGAAGUUGUUGAGUUGCCUGAAGAGGUGACUGUAGAGGAAACUGAGACACCGGAAGGUAAGCCAAAACAAAAGAAAAUCACAAAGCGUACUAUUAAAAAGCGGGUAGGGCCUAAAAUCGAAACUACACAAAUCACCACUGAACAAGAAGACGACAAACAACCAGUCGUUUCUGUUCAAACCAUAGAGGAACUCAUAGAUGACACAACUACACCACUCUCAGACAUUACACCAGACACUGCUCAGGUCGUCGAAGAAACCCCUGAGAAAGUACACAUUACACAAGUCAAAACCGAAACCGGCGAUGUCCAAACCGUUAAAACCACUAAGCGCGUUAUAAAAAAGAAAAAAGGACCGAAAGGGGAAGUCACUGAAAUCACUACAGUCCAAAAAGACGACGAGGCCCCGAUUACAACGAUUACUGUGGUAGAAGAAACUACCCCCGAAGAGAGCAAGCCAGAAGAAGUUGUUGAGUUGCCUGAAGAGGUGACUGUAGAGGAAACUGAGACACCGGAAGAUGCUGAAUUUAAACCUAUAACAGAAGUAAUGAAACCUAAAAGUAAUGAAAAAGAAGUUCUGAGUGAUUCCAGCGAGGACAAAAUUAUACCUCCGGAAGAACAAAAAUCUGAGCCAAAGUUAUUAUUAAAUAAUAAAAAAAGUAAAGAUAAACCAAUUCUCCGAAAACUUCAAAUUGAAGAACUAGAAAGUAGUAAACCUCAGCAUCCAGAAGAAAUGACCGUGCCGCAAUUCUCUAAACUGAAACUAAAAAAAUCUUCUGUUUUACCUAAACAAGAGCCUGCAGUUGUUAAACUUCCUAAAUUCCAACUAAAAAGUCGCAUUAAAUUCAUAAGAGACUGGCCACCUCAAGAAAUGAAACCAAUAGUUACUUAUCUAGGCAGUAUUAAACAAAAUGGAGAGUUAUCGAGAAACGUAAAAGAAGCAAAUAAAAUCAAAAAGAAAAAGCUGAAACUGCCCAAAAUUCCCGACUUAGAAAGAGUGACAUUGGAAAAAUCGGACUUAUUUGAUUCCCAAGAGGAUGAAUCAAAACCAGAUGUGAGUCAACCGCCCCAAAAUAUAAUUGAAGAAGCGAAAAGCGAACCAAAACUAAUAGAAGAAUCCGAACAACCAAUUGCAAAAACAUCAGAAAUUGACAAUGAAGUACCAGAAAAAAUAAAUGUUCCUGAUGAUAAAGAAACUUCACAAACUCCUACUUCAUUUAACAAGAGAUCUAAACUCACCCCUAUUAAAAUAGAGCGAAAAGAAAUGGAAGUAAGUACACCACAACACGCAGAAACUGUAGAUGGGCCUCAAUUCACCCUGCCUAAAUUGAAGAAAACUGCAGUAAAACCCAAAAAGGAAACUAGCCUUGUUAAAUUACCUAAAUUUCAAUUAAAAAGCAGAAUUAAAUAUAUUACUAGCUGGCCCCCUGAAUCCAUCAAACCUCUUAUUUCAUACAUGGGUAGCAUAAAACAAAAUGGAAUUUUAUCGAGAAAUAUAAAAGAGGCCGCCAAAGUUAAAAAACAAGUGUUCGUACCUCCAAAAUUGCCCGAUGUAGAAAAAACAGAAUUAGAACAACCGUUAUUUAGUUAUGAAGACAUUGUAGAAAGUAAAAAAGAUGAAAAUGAAAUUAUUCAAGAAAAACAAACUCUUGAGGAAUUGCCUAAAGAAGAUGUGCCUGAACAGUAUACUAUAACUCCUAGAAAAUCAAGCGCACAAAAGAUUGAUGAGAUAGUAGAUGAAGUAACUAUUAAAAAGAGAUUGAAACCCGUUCGAAAAUCUUCUGUAACUUUACCUGAAAUAACAGAACCUGAAGUAGUAACAUUUAGGCCAAAAAUUACGAAAACCAAAGAAGAUGUGGAGCAGGAAUUUAACAUCCAGUUAGACUCUUAUGCUGAAGAAGAAAUUUCAAUGUCAAGCAAAGUAAAACUAAAGCCUCAAAAACAACUGACAUUUAAAGAAGAAGAUGCUGAAACAUCUAUUCAAUUUUAUGAGAAAGGCCAAGACGAAAGUCCAGAAAUAAUUGAAAUAGUAGACAGUGACGUUGAAAAAGAAGAAUCAGAAUCAGCCAACAUUAUGAUACCGCUCAAGAAAAAGCUUGAAACUAAGAAUGUCUUAGAAACCGUUGAAUCUGUAGUGACUUUAUCUAAACCUAAGCUACAAAACGAUAAUGAAAUAUCCGAAGUUGUAUGUAUUGAACUAGAGAAAAAGCCAAAGUACAUCGUAGAUGACCAAGAUGAAGUGCAAUUUGAAGUAAAACCUCGUGCUACCGAAGUUACUACCUUUUCAAGCAAUAUUAAAGUUAAGCCGAAAAAGAAAAUGUCAAUUAUAGAAGCUGCAGAUGAAACUUUGUUGCAAAUCCAUAAGGAAAUUGAUGAUGAAAGUCAACCUGAAGAAAUUAUCAUGAGUGAUGGUGACACUGAAGAAAACAUCGAAAUGAUUAUAAAAAGAAAACCGAAAAAACCAACAUACGAAAUAAGCGAAGUGGAAGAACUAAGCGUCGAAUUCAAACCAAAACAAAUGAAGGAUGAAAAUAAUGAAGGUGAACUUACUAUUUCAACAAAACGAAAACCAAAGUCUCUUAUAAUACAAGAAGCUGACGCGACGAUGAGUAUUUCGCGAGAACAAGAAUUCCCAGAUACGCCCGUUGAAGUCCGCUGUGGUGACACAGUAUUUGCUGUAUAUUCGUACGUGGCAGAAACUGAUGAAGCUAUAAAUCUUGUUGAGGGCGAACGACUAUAUAUCCUUGACACUUCCAAUCAAGAUUGGUGGUACGUACAAAAACAUUUAACGGAAGAGAAAGGCUGGGUACCUGCACAAUAUCUCAUGGAUGAAAAUAAUUACACGCAAUAUCUGCAGAAAAAAUUGAACGAGAAAAUAGAUAAACUACCUGUUUUCGAAAAACCGACGUCAGAAGAACAAUCCAUGGCUCCAAUAUUUGUUGAGAAAUUACGUCCAAAACAUACUCCCGAUGGAUCAACAGUGCAAUUCGAAUGUCAAGUUGAAGGUUAUCCUAGGCCACAGAUAACAUGGUUCCGACAAACAGCUAUAAUCAAGCCUUCGCAGGAUUUCCAAAUGUAUUAUGAUGAUGAUAACGUGGCUACAUUGGUAAUUCGUGAGGUGUUCCCUGAAGAUGCCGGUACUUUUACAUGCGUAGCGAAGAAUGCGGCAGGAUUUGCUUCCAGCACUACAGAACUAAUUGUGGAAGCUCCUCUUUCUGAUCACGGUUCUGAAAUGACUGUAUUAUCAAGGAAAAGCUUAUCUAGAGAAUCAUCGUUGGCUGAUAUUUUGGAAGGGAUACCACCAACCUUUUCUAAAAAACCAAAAGCACAAUACGUUGAUGAAGGAUCGGAUAUAUUAUUAGAAUGUAGACUUGUGGCUAUACCAGAGCCAGAUAUAGCGUGGUUAUUCAAAGGCGAAGAAAUAGUACCCGAUGAAAAUAUCUCUGUAGCCAUAGAGUCCGAUAUGCACAUGUACUGCAGUGUUCUAAAAAUAACAAAUGUUAAAAAAUUCCAAGAGGGUACUUAUACUGUGGUGGCCGUCAAUAGAGAAGGCGAAGCCAGUCUUCCUAUUGUUCUAAAAAUUAAAACGGGAGAAAAAGAACCGCCUCAAGUUAUUGAGCCGCUAAAAAGCAUGAUUGUUAGACAAGGUGAAAGUGUUAUACUAUCAGCACAAGUGGUUGGUAAUCCCCGACCAACAAUUACCUGGUGUAAAAAUAAUAAACCUGUUAAGGCCUUGCCAACCAAAUCAGAUGGUGAUACACACAGUAUAACAAUUCUUAAGCCAAAGAAAGUUAAAGAUGAAGGGGUUUAUACAUUAAAAGCUGAGAAUUCUGAAGGUAUUGCGGAAACCAGUGCUGUUAUUACUGUUGAAGAACCAACAGAGGAAAAUGCUGAACCCCCACUUUUUAUUAAUCGAUUCCAAGAAAUCACGGUGAAAGAAAAGGGUACCAUAAAAUUAGUCGCUAGAGUAACAGGGAAUCCAGUUCCAUCAAUAACGUGGUAUAGAAACAAUGAAAUUAUUAGCCCAUCGGAAACGAUUACUCAAAACUUUGACGGUGAAAAUAUUGAGCUUGUUAUAACAAACGUAGAUUCAGAGAUUGAUUCAGGCGAUUAUAAAUGUGUUGCCUCGAACAGUGCUGGUAAAUCAUCUCACGGAGCCCGAGUCACUAUCGAUGUUGAGAAAGUAACAUUCGUUAAGCAUCUACAGAAAUCUUACGAAACCGAGGAAGGUAAAACUGUGAUUUUAGAAUGUCAAACAUCGCAUACUGUUUCUACAAAAUGGUAUCACAACAAAAAAGAAAUUAGUGGAAUGGACCACAGAGAAAUAAUUCAGGAAGGUAGAAUUCAUAAAUUAAAAAUAAAGAAAACUAAGCUUACUGAUGUUGGUGUUAUAAAAUGUAUCGUAAAAGAUCAAGAGACAAGCACAAUGUUAGUUGUAAAAGAAACCAUUCCUGAAUUUAUACGAAAACUUCAAGACUUCGAAGUUAAAGAAAAGGACGUAGCUAUUUUGGAAGUUGAAAUUAAUUCUGAAACUGCUGAUGUCGUAUGGGAAAGAGACGGCGAAAUAAUAAAACCAAAGAAAAAUAAAUAUGAUUUUGAAAAACGAGGUCAUAUUCGCAAACUUUAUAUUAGAAACACUUCUGUUCAUGAUGAGGGUGAAUAUUCAUGCAUUUUGCGUGACGAAUCUUGUACUGCUGAAGUAACAGUAGUGGAACUACCCCCUGAAAUCAUUACACGCCUACAAAAUCAGAAGGUAAACAAAGGUAACAAAGCAACAUUUGAAAUAGAGCUGACCAAAGGCGAUGCUCUAGUGAGGUGGUUUAAAGAUGGCUCUGAAAUUCAAUUUUCUAAUCACAUACAGUUAACCAUAGAUGGUAAAAAACAAAAACUGAAGAUAUACGACUGUGAUUUAGAUGACGCAGGGGAAUAUUCUUGUGAGGUUGGAAACAGUAAAUGCACAGCGAUACUUACAGUAGAAGAACCUUCUAUCAACUUUACUCUGCGACUUCCAGAAUUUAUACUGGUUCCAGCAAAUACAGACGCCUAUUUGACAGUUGAAAUUCCUGAUGAAACAUUAGAUGUAACAUGGUACAAAAAGAAAUCCGUAAUCGAAGAUACUGAAAAGUUCACUCUAAUAUCAGAUGUAAAGAAGCGAACAUUAAUUAUAAGAAAAUGUACAGAGGAUGAUCAAUGCGAAUAUACGUGUGUACUACUCGAUGCGAAGAGCUCUACAAAAUUAAAAGUAGAAGUGGUUGAGUUUCCUCCAAAAAUUGUUGAUUAUGAACGAGAAUAUAGAAUUAAACGGGGAAGCGACGUCACUCUACUUGUGGACUAUCAAGCUUUCCCACAACCAAAUGACGAAUGGAUCGUAAACUCUAAAAUAAUAAAGAAAUGUAAACAUACUAAGCCAAGUAUAGAUUCAAAAUCGGCAAGCUUGACAAUUAAAAAAGUAGAAAACACUGAUGCUGGUAUCUACAAACUACGUCUUGAAAAUAAUUGUGGUCAUGCUGAUGUUGAAAUGAAUGUGACAAUACUUGAUAAACCAUCUCCGCCAGGGAAACCUAAUAUUUUAGAAAUAGAUUCUAGUUCGAUUAACAUAUGUUGGGACGAACCAGAAAAUACAGGAAAUUCAACUAUCAUAUACUAUGUUGUCGAAUAUCAGGAAAUUGAUACAACAGAGUGGAUAUCGGUUAAAAAUAUAACCAAAACGCAAACCUCUAUUCAGAACUUGAAAACAAACUCCUCAUAUAGAUUCCGUGCUUAUGCCGUAAAUGAAGUGGACAUUAGUGAUGCUUCAGAAACAACAGAAUAUUAUAAAGUAAUAAAAGAAACGAAAAUCCAAUCUCCGACUGUAGAAAAACCAUUGAAAAAUAUAACAACGGAACCAAAUGAGGAUAUUGAACUAACGUGUAUUUUCGGUGGAGUUCCUCAACCUAAGGUUACAUGGUACAGAGACGGAAAGAAACUUAAAACUGCUAAAGCAACAUAUGAAAACAGAGUAGCAACAUUAGUUGUAACUGUAACUGAAACAACUAUUGGAACCUACAAAUGUAUAGCUUUUAAUGAUCAUGGAGAAGUUGAAACGUCUUGCGUCGUUGGAAUACAACAAAAACCUGUAAUUACCAUUUCUAAUGAGGAUAUCAAACAGAAGCAUAAAGUUGGAGAUGAAUGGUUGGUAACAGCUGUAAUAGAAGGAAUACCGCCACCUGAAGUAAUAUGGUAUAAGAAUGGAAAUAAAUUAGAAAAUGAUAAAGAAUAUAAUAUAACAACAAAAGAAAAAACUAGCGUAAUUCGAAUUAAAGAAUUGAAGCGCUCUCAUUCAAGUAAAUAUACUAUUGAAGCUUCCAAUACCGCUGGAACUUCUUCAGUUGAGGUCACACUAAAGGUCUACGAUAAACCUAGUAAACCAGAAGGCCCUGUUAUAAUGCGCGAAAUAAGUCGUGAAUCAGUUACAAUUGAAUGGAAACCACCUUUAGAUGACGGAGGUCUAGAGCUAACAAAAUACGCCAUCGAAAAACAUGAACCCGAUAAUAAUCGAUGGAUAAAAGUGGCAGAUGUAGACAGAGACGUCGAAACAUAUUGCAUACAAAAACUCAAUGAAAACUGUGAAUAUAUGUUCCGCGUUAUAGCACAAAACCCUGUUGGAUUUUCGGAAGCUCUUGAAAGUGAACCGAUUGUUAUAAAAACUGCAUUAGACGUUCCUUCGCCGCCACUGGGCCCACUAGGUUUGUAUGGUAUCGAUAAUGAAUCCGUGUAUAUAACAUGGUUCCCGUCUGAGAAAAACGGCGGAUCACCAAUAAUCGAUUACAAGGUUGAAAUAAAACAAGAAGGGAAGAAAUGGAAAACCAUCACAACUGUUACUGAAACAACAGCUAGAAUCCAAAAGUUAUCGAUAAACACUACAUAUCAGUUCAGAAUAUACGCUAGAAACGAAAUCGGAACGAGUCUUCCGUACACAUCAGAUGACAAAAUAACAAUUGGAAAAACGCUAACACCGCCGUCCCAGCCACGGAAUUUCGUAGUGAGUGAGUCUACGUCACGAUCAGUAACGCUAAAAUGGACAGAGCCAGAGAGUAAUGGCGGCAGUCCAAUUACCAACUAUAUAAUUGAAUUUAAGACAGUCAAAGGAAAAUCGUGGACUAAAAUAGUCACCGUAGGUGGUUCAGUUCAUGAACAUUGUAUUGAAAAUAUUAAGGAAAAAGAUGAAAUAAUCUUCCGAAUCUCAGCAGAAAAUACUGUUGGUGUUAGUUUGCCAACAGAAUCACAAUCAGUACGAUUAGAGAAACAUGCAACUGUGCCAUCGCCGCCGACGGCUCCUCUUGAAAUAAGAAUGGUUGGUAGCAACAUCGUUAUGACUUCAUGGGGUACACCAGAAUGGGAUGGUGGGGCUCCACUUCUCGGUUACAACAUCGCUAUCAGGGAUGUUACAAAAACAAUGUGGAUGGAAGUUGGAAAAGUCGAUGUCAACACGCUUAAAUUCAACAUUAGAGAUUUGAGCGAAAACCACACCUACAUGAUCAGAAUCUACGCACGAAAUGAGAUUGGUCUCAGCGAGCCCCUGGAGUCAGAUGAACCCUUUAAAGUUAUACCAGGAGAAGGUUCCCAUGCCGACGAGGAGCCAGGCGAACAGACUGAGGUCACGGAGCCAACAUCGUUCAGUACUCAGACCACGACUUCGUGGCUGCGGGAGCACAACAUGGAUGCUGAUAUACGAUCGUACGCGCGCGGUUCCCUGCUACGUCGCGACGAAUACUUCUUUAGAAUAUGGCACUACGCUAAACAGCUAUUUAAGUGAGACGAAGUCAGCUCCGCGCUUUUAUAUAACCUGUGAUAUUUAACGACUUGUUCAUAGUUGGCGGAUAGUAAACACUAGAUAUUUUACAUUAACGUUGAGACCAUCUCGAAUAUUGUCAUUAUAAAGUUUUAAAAUACGAUAAUUUUUUUUUUUUUGUAUCAAUAUUAUUUAUUAAUUGUAGAUAAGGCCUUAAAUUAUUUAUUUAAUUCACGUGUAUAUGAAAUAUUUGUAAACGAAUGGAUUUGGAUCUCAUUCAAAAACGGGAGACGUAUAAAUAUAGGUGCAAUUAUAUUUUAAACGAAAAAUUGAAUGAGGUUCAAAAACAUUAUCUUGUUUUAAAUAAUAAAAUAUAGAAAUUGCAAUGAA